GGAGGGGUUAUCAAAAGCCAUGGGGGACGCCGCUAGUCAGUUGCGUUAGGAAGGCCAACCCGCAUGGAUAGCCGAGCCAAGACCUACCGCCAUCCAGCCCCAUACACACAUUCAUGGACCUCCGUACUACUAGUAACCAGGAACGUGUGAACGGAAGGAGGAACCACGAAGAAUAAGUGAACGUAUCUUCCACCUCUUGAGACUUUCCUGGACUAGAAGAGAACGCCCUUACGUUCUUACAAUCACAAGAACGGUAAAGGACAGAGUGAAUGGGUAUAUGAACUCUCCAAUAAACGCCUGAACGAAAAUUGAACGUCCCGGAACUCCUAAAACUGCCAGGGAGGAAAAGAACGGACCUUCGACUUUCUAGAAACAAGUGAACGGGAGGAGAGAACGGCCUUUCCUAGAAGAACGUAGAGCCUUGCAAGCCGUUCCACAGUAGAGACUCCUUCACCAGCAUUAUCCAGAAGAGAAGGAUAACGGAGAAGAUGAGGUUAAUAGUCAUAAUCCUCCAAGUGGCCUGGAUAGGACUCACAGAAUGCAGGAGAAACCCGGAAUCAGAGAAGCAGUUGAGAAAAUCUGUCCUACAAGACUACGAUAAGCUCUCCUUCCCUCCUUCAGGCAACACCUCCAUAAAGAUCUUCAUUCAUGGCAUCUCUAUCCACAACCUCCAGAUGCACGAAGACACGCACUCACUGGAGGUCCAGAGCUUAUUGAGUUAUGGCUGGACGGACCUUCGCCUCAGGUGGGACUUGUCGGAACAUAUGGACUUGGACCGACUAGGUAUGGAGCCUGACCAGAUCUGGAAGCCUGACCUAGCUGUAUAUAACACAGUCAACGAGGAUUUCCGUCUACAUAAGUCCCAGCUGCCUCUCUUGGUGUACCCAGACGGCAGUGUUAUGUUCGAGCCACCAGUACACCUACACUUCACCUGCGUCAUGGACCUGACCUAUUGGCCUCACGACACACACAACUGUUCCGUAAUGAUCGGCUCCUGGGUACACAAUGGCUUUAUGAUGGAUAUGGAGGUGACAUCUGAUACUCCCAAGUUCAACAUUGAGUCACACACUAUGGAUCCUUCGGUAAGCAUCAACAUAUAUGAGUGGGAGGUGGUGGAGGCGAAGAUGGCCAGGAUGACGCACCACUACAGCUGCUGUAACGAGCCUUACGUCGCCAUGAAGGUCUCCUUACUGCUGCGUCGCUCAGCUCCUGCCUAUGCCUGGAGCGUCAAGACUCCCGCCCUCUGUAUGUGUAUCCUGACGGUGGUGUUGUUCCUACUGCCGCCGGGAGCUGGGGAGAAGUUGGUCUUCGGUGGAUUGUGUCUCAUUCUGGACUUGCUCUUCAUCGCCUACACGUCCAACAUCGUCUCUCACGCCCCCACUCACACCCCACUCAUAAUUCAGCUGGCGAGUCAACAGCUGGUGUUGGUGGUGGUGAGUGUGUUGUUGGCGGCGUUGGUGCUGAGGCUGGCUAAGGACCCGCACCCCUACCCCCUUCCAUCGAUAUUCAAGUCACCCGCUAUCACUCUGUCCUAUUUCCUCUGCCUCUCCAACUACACCAAACUCGUGGCCAGUACCCAGCAGGAGUACGCCUUCGCAGCCAAGACUGAGGAGGUAGAGCUGGGGGAGGACUGUAGCGACGAUGACAGUAUCAGACGUGUCAACCCCCGCGGCCUCUACAACCAUCAGUGGCUCCUCCUGGCGGCUAUCUUCGACCGCCUCGCCCUCCUCCUCUACCUCGCCAUCUGCGUCAUCACCCUCAUCCGCUUCUCCAGUGUCCUCUAGUGCCAUUUUCUGUAUUAGUCAACCACCUAAAGAGCCAGUCAACCACGUAAAGUGUCAGUCAUAUAUACAUAUUAUUUCCCGUCUACACACUUUAACAGACUCUCAUUUGAACAGAUUUUAUAUUUUUUUUUAAUUUGAUUUGACUCGUUGCUGUCUUGUUAAGAAUAUAUUUGUGUUUACUUGUCACUGUACAUCUCUUUGUCUGUGUGUUUAUUUGUCUGUGUUUAUUGUGUUUAUGUUUAUGAAUUUAUGUUUUGUUAGAGUAAUAUUGAAUGUUUUUGAGUUUUAGUAAAAUAUAUUGACGUGAUGAUGACUUGCAGAUUACACGACUACCAAUGUGAAGAUAUUUCCUCAUUUAUAAACAUUACUGCUAUAGGAUUGAGGAUUAUGCUCUUAUAGGAUUAAUGAUAUAUAACGUAGGAUUAGCAUAGAUAAAGGUAGGAUAUAUAUAUAUAGGAAAUACUUCACGAAAGAUAUAUGGUAAAAACCUCAACGCCAACCCACCUUACCCACCCACCUGCCCACCCACCCAAUCUAUGGCCGUAGAUUGGGUGUGACCAAUGACAGUAGACUUUUAAUAUGACGUCAUAGGCUGUGUCCUGUGAUUGGUUGAAAAGUUAAGCUAGUCAGAAGUUAUUUUCUAUAUUGUGGUAGUUAGUCUCAGCGUGUGUGUGUGUGUGUGUGUGUGUGUGUGUGUGUGUGUGUGUGUGUUGCCAUGUACAGCAGAUGUGUGUGGGUAGAUAUGGGUGGAUGUGAGUGAGUGUGAAUGUGGGUGUGGGUAGGUGUGGGUGUGUCUACCAGAGAGGGGGUUUAGUGUGUUCUUGUACAUUUGUCACUUGUGAAAUAAAACAAAUAAAAGUUAUAAGAGGUAAA